AUGCCCCGCAUUAUCGUAUCUGUCGGUGGUGGCCACACUACUGAAAUUCACAGGACCGUUUUGCAUAUUCAAAAGGCACUUUUGGAAGCUUUUGUCGACACAGCAGUGGUAAUUGCAGAUCUGGACAGCACGUUCAAAAGUGAUGGUGAACGCAAGUAUUCAGACCUGGACUACGAUUUUGAGCAGAUCUUGGAGCGCGUAAAGGGUGCGGACGUAUUGCAGGAGUGGGAAGUAGUGUUGGUUGGCGGCCGUUACGCACUUUUUGACUCCCGAAUCAACAAAUUGGCCAAUCUAAAGGUGUUUCUAGAUAGCGACGGCGACAGUCGAUUGAUAGACCUUAUUCAAAGACGCCAACUUCAACUGCAGGGUGCCGAAAAGCUUGCUGUGCUUAUCCAGGAGUAUCUGAGCGGUCUGCGCCCCGAAAUGCACAAAUAUAUAGAGCCCACCAGGGCUCACGCAGAUCUCAUCAUUCCCAGCCACAGCGAGACCGUUGGAGCUGAUAUCCUGGUCGAUAGCAUUGUGAAAAUCGUGGAGGAGAGCAAGGGUGGCGGUGUUGCGAUGCACACACCAGCCCGUUUGUUUCCACAGCUCGAUUUCCAGGCUGAGUCUCUCGAUCUCGAGAAAGAACAGUACUACGAAUUGAGCUAG